GACUGAAAUAAAAAGGACUGAAAUAUUUCAUGCGUUCUCGUUCAAAACUUUGUGUGUGUGUGUGUGUGUGUGUGUGUGUAGACAAGAAUGUUUUGGCUAAUUUUAUUAAUUAUUUUUAUUUUCAUAUCUCCUCAAAGCAAUGCGAAAGAAGAGAAACACUGCCUGCACUACAUGUAUACAGGCUUGACCAAAGCAGGUCCAUUUCCUGAGUUCAGUGCUGAGGCUGAAUCUGAUGACAAACAGAUUGUUCGCUACAGUAAUGAAAAACGAGCCUGGGAAAGAGACAAUCUGACUGUAGACGACUGGAACAAAGCUCCUGCAGAACCACCUGAAACUAGAGAAGAGUUCUUAAAUUAUCUAUAUGAUCUGUCAAAGUGCAAAUUGACUGCAGAGUGUUCUGAGUUUCACGUACUCCAGAGAAUAACUGGCUGUGAAGUGGUGAAACGUCUUGAUGGAACAGUGACGAAUCUGAAUGCCUUUGAUAAGAGUGCAUACGAUGGAAAGGAUUUUACUAUCUAUAAGUACAACCAACCUAUUCCGUGGAUGGAUAAAGUCACAGAAACCAAAAUGGAUCAUCAAACUGGACGAAACCCAUUCCUCACAGAUUUCCUCACAAACUGCAUGAACUGGAUCUCCACAUUUAACAACACAUAUAAGAGUCAACCAGAUAUUCACAUCUUUGCAAAUAAAGCUCCUGAUGAUCACAGUAAGCAGAUUCUGAUCUGUCUGGCCACUGGUUUCUACCCCAGAGAUAUUGAGAUGUACAUUAGGUUGGACACAAAUAUUCUUGAGAAUCAAACAUCUUCUGGAAUCAGACCAAAUGCUGAUGGAUCCUUUCAGCUGAGAACCAGUGUGAAGAUCGACAGAAACCACAAAGGAUCUUAUGACUGUUUUGUCAUUCACAGCAGUCUGACAGAACCAGCUUCAGUAGAAUGGGAUGGAGAAUGUUCUAACUGUGAACCAGAUCCUCCACGGUCUGUUAAAGCAGCAGUAUUAGCAUUUCUGCUAAUACUAGCAUUUUUGAUCAUUGUGAUGGUUUGCUGCAUCUGCAGAAAAAGGAGAAGAUCAAAUAGUCUGUGAAGUUACCAGUGGGAUAUAUACGAUGAGUAGUUAGAGUAAUUAUGAUUUUACAUUUACAUUUACUCAUUUAGCAGAUGCUUUCAUCAAAAGCAACUUACA